CACAUACUAUAGCACAAAGUAUUUCGAUUUGCUGUCGACAAAAUCUGAACAAAAAAAACGAAAAAAAAAAAACCAGCAUAAAUUCACCAGAGAUACAUAAAACGAGAGGCAAGAAGAUGGCAAACAACUUAUACAAUUGGAGUGAUUUGGAUGUGGGAAACAUGGAUGUAGAUCAUUCAGAGAACUUUUUUUCCAAGCACCAUUCAAAACAUGAAGCAAACAUGUUGUUGGAUGAGAUUUACAUGAGCGGCAUCGAAGCGUUCUAUGAUAAGGACCUGCCAAUGCAGCAGCAGCUCCAACAGGAACAACAACGUAAGUUGUCGCUUGAGGUACAUCAUCGCAAGAUAAUUGUGGAGAACGCAGAGAAACAUGCGGCUGCCUUGUCCAACAAAUUGGUCAAGGCCACAGAUGCAAACUGGGCCAAAGCGCCAAAAAAGACAACUGAAGAGCCAGCACCGAAUGCUUAUCGCUUUAAGGACAUCUAUGAGCAGAAGAAGCAGGAUUUGUUGCGAAAGUGCAUAGAGCAGGAGCGUGAAAUGCGCGAGUUUCGCAGUCGCCCCAUGCCAAAUUUUCAGUUGGUGCACCAGCAUCAGCAUCAGCACCAGGCGGCAAAACAAACGGUGCAUCGUGUUACAUGUCCCGUUACACCAAAUGUGCUGAAAACUUCGCGCGCCAUGGAGCUGAAGCGCCAACAGAAGGUGGAGGAGGCGUUGCGUCAACGAGAACAAGAGGAGCUCAACUUACACAAGAUGCGGCCCAAGGCAAGGCCCGUACCGAAGUCAACCAACGCUCUAUUAAAGGGGCAGGGGCGUCAGAAGUCGGCAACGUCCUUACAAUCGCAAUUGGAAAUCAAGCCCUUUAAGCUGCGCACGGAGCAGCGCGCUCAGCAACGCAAACUGUUCAAUGCCUUGGCCGAGAAUACCUUGGAGCAGAAGCGGCAGCAGGUGGAGGAGCAGCGUCAGCGACGUGAAUGGGCGGAAUAUCAAAAGCGUCGUCAGUUGGCCACAUUUCGUGCUCGCCCGAAUCCAUUUAAUGAGGUGUCCUGGAGCCUGCCGCGCCGCACUCGCAACUGAUCCGAAUAUAUAGUAUACUUGUAUGUUGCAGCAGUAAUUUAUUUUUGGCUUCAAUAUUUUCUCUAGCCUUAUUUAUUGUUUUGCCAUUUUGACAAAUUGUGUUUAAAUUUGGUUUUACGUGUAAAUUAU